CAUAGCUUCUUUCCCCAACGAUUCCUUUUGCUCUUCUCUCAACCCCAGCUGCACUGUCGCCGACGCCACUGCCCACUCAUGGAGGCCAUAGUUCGGGAUGAUCAGGUCCUCGAGGUCGUGGAGGCCAUAGUGUUGGAGGUUGUGGAGGCCGUAGUUCGAGAUGACUACGUGUUGGAGGUUGUGGAGGCCAUAGUUCGGGAUGACUAUGUCCUGGAGGCUAUGGAGGCCCUAGUUUACGACGACUACGUCUUAGAGGCGGUGGAGGCCGUAGUUCGAGAUGGCUAUGUGUUGGAGGCUGUGGAGGCAGUAGUUCGAGAUGACUACAUGUUGGAGGCUGUGGAGGCCGUAGUUCGGGAUGACUACAUCAUGGAGGCUGUGGAGGCCGUAGUUCGAGACGACUACAUGUUGGAGGCCAUGUCAGAGGCUGUGGAGGCUGUAGUUCAGGACGACUAUGUGCUAGACCAGGUGCUGGAGGCCAUAGAGGCCGUAGUUCGAGAUGACCAGGUGCUGGAGGAGAUAGAUCAAGAUGAUCAGCUCAUGGAGGCCAUAGUUCGAGAUGAUCAGGUCCUGGAGGCCGUGGAGGCCAUAGUGUUGGAGGCUGUGGAGGCCGUAGUUCGAGACGACUAUGUCCUGGAGGCUAUGGAGGCCGUAGUUUGCGACGACUACAUCUUGGAGGCGGUGGAGGCCGUAGUUCGAGAUGACUACGUGUUGGAGGCUGUGGAGGCUGUAGUUCGAGACGACUACAUGUUGGAGGCCAUGUCAGAGGCCGUGGAGACUGUAGUUCAGGACGAUUAUGUGCCAGACCAGGUGCUGGAGGCCAUAGAGGCUGUAGUUCGAGAUGACCAGGUGCUGGAGGAGAUAGAUCAAGAUGAUCAGGGUCCACAGCCAACUGAAGCAUCUGCUACUCCACAACCAUCAGAAAUUAGUAGCCUUCCACAACAAUCACCUGAAGUCAGUACACAAACUCCAAGUCAAUUGGGUGAUACCUCCCUAGUGGCUUCCCGAAGACUAUUAUUUGGGUGUAAUUGGUGGCAAUGCCAGUUAGUUGUCCUGUCAUGUCUUGGAGGUGUAGCAGCUGGAUUUGCCCUAGGAAAUGGAGGUGGUAUCGUGAUUAUGGACCCGUUCUUUAAGGUGUUCUUCCAUAAACUCAACUACAAAAUGAUGAAGAAGAGGGUGGAUAACUACUGUGCGUAUUAUAAUAGUUUGAUAGAAGGCUACCUCUCAUCUAUCUUCUGCUCAGCUGCCGUUGUAGCCAUACCAUCGUUCUUCAUCUGCACAAAGUUGGGAAGAAGAUGGCCUUUGCUGUUGGGCUUUAGUUCAUUAUUCCUGGGAUCUGCCAUGAGCUCUUCAACAACAUCUCUUUCGAUUCUUUUUAUUGGAAGAAUUGUCACUGGCAUAGGGAUUGGAAUCAUGUCUCAGGUUGUUCCACUCUAUAUUUCAGAGUCUGCUUCAACUGAUUUUGCAGAUAAGUUGAAAUUAAUACAUAGACAUUCAUAUGGGUUGGGAACUGCUUUAGGAUUAACAGCAAAUUUUAAAAUGGCAGAUUUUGAGUGGGGUUGGAGGAUUUGUUUUGUGAUUCCUGGAGUAUUGGCUAUUCCACCCCUUUUGAUUUCCUUUUUUGCUCAUGACACCCCAAUGUAUUAUAUAGGGAUGAACAAAGUUAGCAAAGCAAGAAGAGAAUUUACAAGAAUUAGGGGUGAUGAUUUUGAUUUUGAGUUUGAACAAAUGAAGGAGGAGAGUCAGGGAGUUUGGAGUUUGUUGAAGGAUGUCUUUAGUCAUCAAUGUCGCCCAUAUUUGAUUAUUAGUUGUGUCAGGGAGAUAUGUCUACAGUUUUCAGGGAUGUUUGCCCUCAAUUUCUUCUUGCCAACUUUUCUAAUGGAUCUUCAUAUCCCCACAGAUGAAUCUUACAUGGCACCGAUGGUUAUUGAAUAUGUGAACGUGGCAACGGGCAUCUUAGGUUCCUGGUUUGUCACUAGGUUUAGGCGACGACGGCCAUUGAUGGUGAUUUCAUCGUUCGCGAUGUUCUGUGGACUCCUUGCCAUUUCUGUUUUGCUAAUACAUGGCCACUAUGCUGUAUUGUAUCCUCCACAUACUGAAGCAUAUAGAUUUUUUGGAUUCCUCCUCCUUUACUCAGUUGGAUAUGGAGUGGCUUCAUCAAAAUGGACUGAAGUUGAUUUCCCAAGGAGAGCUAGUUCAGCUGCUGACCCUAUGAUGAUGACCAUAAGUUUGUUGAAGAUAUAUGGCACCAAGGAGAGUAAAUGUUUAAGAUUGUUAGAAUCUUCCCUAAAAGACUUGGAGUCUAAACUUUCUGCUUCUCAGGAAGAUGUUUCCAAACUUUCUUCUCUAAAAGUUGAAUACAAGUACUUGUGGGAGAAGGUGGAGAAUUUACAAGAAUUGCUACAUAAGGCAACCAAACCAGCAGAUCAAGCUAUUACAGUGUUGCAGCAAAAUCAGGAGCUUCGAAAGAAGGUUGAUAAAUUGGAAGAAUCCCUUGAAGAAGUUAAUGUCUAUAAGCUCUCGUCAGAAAAUUUGCAACAAUAUAAUGAAUUAAUGCAACAAAAGAUCAAGCUUUUGGAGGAUCGUCUUCAAAAGUCUGAUGAAGAGAUACAUUCUUACGUUCAAUUAUAUCAAGAAUCAGUGAAGGAAUUUCAAGAAACACUUAAUAAUCUGAAAGAAGAAAGCAAGAAGAGGGCACUAGAUGAACCUGUGGAUGACAUGCCUUCAGAAUUUUGGAUUCGUUUAUUGCUCAUAAUUGAUGGUUGGUUGCUUGAGAAAAAAAUAUCAACCCAUGAUGCAAAGUUGUUGAGAGAAAUGGUUUGGAAGAAAGAUGGACAAAUUUGUGAUGCAUACAUGGCAUGCAAGGAAAAGAAUGAACGUGAGGCUGUAACUACAUUUCUCAGGCUGACAUCAUCACCAACAUGUCCAGGAUUAUAUGUAAUUCAUAUCGCAGCAGAGAUGGCACCAGUUACUAAGGUUGGUGGUUUGGGGGAUGUUGUAGCUGGUCUUGGUAAAGCUUUGCAAAAAAGAGGACACCUUGUGGAAAUUGUUCUUCCAAAAUAUGAUUGCAUGCAAUAUGAUCUUAUUCGUGACUUAAGGGUCCUGGAUGUGGUGGUAGAGUCAUACUUUGAUGGCCAACUAUUCAAAAAUAAAAUCUGGGUUGGCACAGUUGAAGGUCUUCCUGUUUAUUUUAUUGAACCUCAUCAUCCUAACAAAUUCUUCUGGAGAGGAGAAUUUUAUGGCGAGCAUGAUGAUUUCAAACGUUUUUCAUUUUUUAGCUGUGCGGCACUUGAGUUGCUUCUUCAAGCUGGCAAGAAACCAGACAUAAUACAUUGCCAUGAUUGGCAGACAGCUUUUGUUGCACCAAUUUUCUGGGAUUUAUAUGCCCCUAAAGGAUUGAAUUCAGCUAGAAUAUGUUUCACAUGCCACAACUUUGAGUACCAAGGGACUGCUCCUGCUGCAGAAUUGGCAUCUUGUGGUCUUGAUGACCAUCAGCUAAACAGACCAGAUAGAAUGCAGGACAACUCUGCACAUGACAGGGUCAAUCCUGUUAAGGGUGGAGUUGUUUUUUCUAAUAUUGUGACGACUUUGAGGAACCAAGUUCUUUUUGAAAAUCUCCCCCUAAGUAUUGAUGACUUAUCUUCUAGAAUUGGGAGGCUCCUUGCUGAAUUCAAAAAUUCCAGAUCUGCUGAGGUGGUUCCUGUGGGACCUACGGAGCGGCUUCUUGCUUGGUCACCUCCUAGGAGAUUCUCGAUUAAAAUUAAUGUGGAUACUGCAAUUGGGCCAAAAUUUUCUACUGUUGCUGCAGUGGCAAGGGAUUGGAGAGGAAAGUUGGUCUUUGCUUGCUCUCAAAAGGUGAAUACCACCUUCCCUCUUCAAGCUGAAGCUGAAGCAGUGAAAUGGGCUUUGUUGUUGGCAGCCAAAUUGGAAGUUGAGGGUAUUUAUAUUGAGAUUGACUCAAAGAUCUGUUGUGAUGCUCUUAUUAAUCCUAGUCAAGCUUCCCCUUGGAGGAUUAGGUCCAUAGUUAUGGAGAUGCAGAGGGAAUUUGAGGGUAUCGCACACCAGUUUCAGAAUCAUGAUGACAUUCGAUUGAUAUUGAAGUAUGACGAAUCUCUUUCCCAUUCCAUAUACGCAGCAUCUGACAUGCUCAUCAUCCCGUCCAUCUUUGAGCCAUGUGGCCUUACACAGUUGAUAGCCAUGAGAUAUGGCUCUGUACCAAUUACAAGAAAAACCGGCGGUCUGAAUGACAGCGUUUUCAACAUUGAUGAUGAUACUGUACCUCUCCUGUUCCGGAACGGAUUUACCUUUUUAAAUCCUGAUGAACAGAGUGUAAACAAUGCUUUGGAACGUGCGUUUAACCUCUACAAGAAUAACCCUGAGAAAUGGCAGCAGCUUGUUCAAAAUGACAUGAUUAUAGAUUUUAGUUGGGAGUCAUCAGCAGCACACUAUGAGGAAAUUUACGCAAAGUCUGUGGCCAGAGCAAGGGCCGCAAACCGGCCUUAAGCUUGUUUGAUGAUGAUGAUUCACUUCUCUCUUGGCAAAAACAGCCUUCUCCACGCAAGCUUGCCUGGAGGAACAUUAUCAGGUUUUUUCUAUAUAAAAGUGUAGCUGAGAUUGGAACACACUUAAUUUAUGGGUGUUGUACGGUGUAUCUAUAUAAAGUUCAAGCUGAGAUUGGAAUGCUUGAUUUAUAGAUGUUCUAAGUGGGAAGCCUGGCUAACAAUCUGACGUACAGCAUGAGAGAUUAAAUAGUUUUUUUUUUUUUUUAUGAAGACUCCAGCUGCAUUGGUGGAUUUGAUAUUCCUUUGACCUUCACGGCUUCACCUAACUUCUUGUUGCAUUGGAUACAUUUUUCAUUUUAUCAUGAAAGCAAUCAAUGUAUAUUAAAUAUUAUCACAUUGUUUUAGAUCGAAGUUUAAUGUAUACCUUCUCUCCUACACAAGGCAAAUGUGCCUCUUCUUUCAUACUUCCAUUGUAAUACAACAUUAUUCAAUGUACAACAUAAUGAACUGAUGUUCGAGUGUAUCUACUCAAAACAUAAAUGAUUUUGGAAAUAAGUACUAAAAAUUAUAGUGAA